UGUCUUUAUAGAGAUUUCUCUCUGCUUAUAGUCUCUGGUCAACGUUUAGUAUUUUCUACUCUCUGGUAUUAGAAUCUCUACGAAAAGUUUUCUUUAGCGAUAUGAAAUACAAAUCGACGACUGAUUAAGAAUAAUACACCUAUCAAUCAUGAACAUUCAUCCCGGAAAUUGCACCAGUACUGACGGUAAACAAGUUUGUCCGUACAAGGAAAAAUGUUAUCGCAGAAAUCCUAUACACUUCACCGAAAUGUCUCAUCCGCACCUGGAAAAAUUGGUGAUGGAUCAACUCGAUGGUACGAUAACUGUUCCUCCCCGACUUGAUUUUGAAUGUAGUGACAGAUCGACACUGCUGGAUCAGUUAAAAAUACUCCAAAUGGUGUUGAGGAAAGAAAGGGAUAGGAAUGAUGAAAUCGGGACAGGGCAAACCUCGAUAGAGGAUAAAAGAAACAGCAUAAGAAAUAUUCCUCAGUUCACAAAUAGCAUCCCACAAGACCUUAAAGAUAAGAUAGACAGAAAUAAAAAAAUCGCCGUUGAAAGGCGUGAGGCAAAAUUACGAGAGAUGGACAAACGAGCGAUUUUGCUCUCAAAGCCAUCAACGAGCGAUUCCAGCGACUUAACAAUGGCCACGGAUAGUAAGAGUUUAAUCAAAGAUGACGUGUCCAAUGAAACAUGGAGCAAACUCGCUGACAGAAUUAAAAAACAGAAAUUGGAAAGCAGGAACGAGAUGACGAGCACAUUGGGAUUGAAAAGAAACUCUGAACACUUGAACCAAGACUCAGAGUCUUCUAAAAGAUUUAAAAAUGAUCAAGCUAUAGAGAAUCGUAGUAACAGAGUUGGAGGGCAAGCUGGUGGCGCGAGCACAAGUAACGGAAAUUCUCAGCUUGGUGAUCAGGAGCCAGAUUUAAUGACAGCUUAUGCUGGUAGCACCACGAGUGCAUUGAGAAAUGAAAUGAGAUUGAAGGUUAUAGAAAAGAUAAGAAGCAGCGGGAUAAAAAUGUCUAUUGUCGAGCCAGGUGAAUUUGCUUUGAAAUAUGCCUUGUCUGCGCCGUAUCAUUUAUUUUUCACAAGAGUCGAGGAUUGCAAGGAAACUCACGAUCAAAAUUUUUCCCUAACAUUCCCUGAGAUUCUCGACAGAAGUCUAGGUGAGAUAGUAUCCAGCCUCCAGAUAAAUUUCAUGCUCGAUGCUGGAUGGCUGUGUGCUCAAUAUUUACUUGCCGGACAAUCGUCGGACAUGCUCAUACUCUACGGGGAACGAGAAGACCAGGAAAAAUUACCACCAAACAUUAAAACUAUUCAUAUUAAAAUGCCAACGUUCGGUUGUCAUCAUUCAAAGCUAAUGGUAUUCAAGUACCGCAACAACGGAAUCAGAGUUGUUGUCUCCACAGCGAAUCUCUAUUCCGACGAUUGGGAGAAUAGAACUCAAGGGGUCUGGAUAUCGCCUCACUUGCCUCGCCUGCCAGAUUCUGCAAAUACUAGUGACGGUGAAUCGCCAACAGGAUUCAAAAAGGAUUUUGAACGUUAUUUGCAGAAGUACAAUUUGCCUGAUUUGACCGAGUGGGUCCAGGCGAUCAGGAAAGCUGAUUUCUCAGAUGUUAAAGUAUUUUUUGUUGCGUCAGUGCCAGGAAAUCACAAAGACGCAGAACAUAAUGCUUGGGGUCAUAGAAAACUGUCAACUAUUUUAUCCCAGCACGUUACUUUGCCACCAAAUGCACCCGAAUGGCCGAUAAUUGCACAGUGCUCGAGCAUCGGAAGCCUUGGACCAAAUUAUGAGAGUUGGCUGUCUAAAGAAAUCAUACCUGCCAUGUGCAGGGAAAAAAAUCAGGGAUUGAAAAGUCACCCAAGAUUCCAGUUCAUCUAUCCGUCAAUUAAUAACUACAAAAACAGCUUUGACAUGAGAAAAGGCGCUUGUUGUUUACCCUACGGAUUAACAACCCAUCAGAAACAACAGUGGCUGGAAUCAUAUCUUUACCAAUGGAAGGCGAGCAAUACCCGGCGAGACCGAGCGAUUCCACAUAUCAAAACUUACACGAGAAUUUCGCCAGAUCAAACUGAAAUUCCCUGGUUCGUACUGACGAGUGCUAAUUUGAGUAAGGCUGCAUGGGGACAUAGAAGAGGAAAUCAUUACAUCAUGAGCUACGAAGCUGGAAUUAUCUUCGUGCCGAAAUUAGUCACUGGAAACACUGUCUUUAAUAUCAAACGGGAAACGCCUGACGGUACACCGAGGUUUCCAAUUCCAUACGACGUUCCGUUAACCCGUUACGAGGCUCAGGAUAAACCCUUUGUUAUGGAAUUUUUCAAAGGAUACGAAUAAAAAUAUUUGUAGUUUUA